AUGGGGACUGGGGUUGGUAAUGCCACUGGUGACCCGAUGGGCUUGUGGGGAGAGGCCGCCACGAGGGAACUGGGGGUGGACCGACGAGGGGAGGCUGGGGAACCGGUUACAACAGGAGAUGCAGGGGCAGACCGACGCGGGGAGUGUGUGGUCUUAGUCGCAACAGACUGCUCGGAGUGCGAAACGAGUUUCAAGACGGUCAAUGUCCUGGCGGCCCACCGGUGGGCUCCCACGGGUGAGAAGCCCUAUGGCUGCUCCACCUGCGGCAAGAGCUUUACCAGGUUGUCAGGACUGUGGCAGCACCAGUGGGUGCACAGCAGUGAGCGGCCCUUCACCUGCUCCGACUGCGGCAAAGGCUUCAAGUUGUCCACGAACCUGAAGGAGCACAGGAACCUGCACACUGGGGAGCGGCCCUACACCUGCAGCGACUGCAGCAUGGGCUUCACCAAGUCCAGCAACCUGCUGAAGCACAAGCGCACCCACACCGGCGAGCGUCCCUUCACCUGUGCCCAGUGC